GAAAUCGUGUAAACAAGGAAAUUUUUUUUUCUCAAUUAAUGUGAUUGUUGUUUUCAUUUUUUUUGGUUAAUUGUUUAGAAUUUAUUUUGUAUUUUCUUUUUCUUAUUGGUUAACAAUUUUGUUCUGUUGAACAUGUUGCCUCUUUCUAUUGUGCAAACUCGUGGUAUUUCUUCAAGUUGUGUUCUUUUUCGAUAUGCAACUGUUACUAAGGAUGGAACGAGAAAUAAAGAUAAAGAAUCUUCAGAGAAAAAGUUUCCCUGGGCUAAAGUUACAAAGGCAGGAAUUGAAAAAACAUUAAUUCGACGGCGAAAUUUUAUUAAAAACGAAGAAUAUGGUAGCUGCCCUGAGAAAGCUCAAGGUAGAUCAUUGGAGCUCUUCGAUCGUAUAGCUCAAUCAUUGAAGACUAGAGGAUAUUCAAGAGAAAUUCGUGCCUAUCAACCAAGGGAAGAUGUUGUCGAAUUCAUCAAAACCAUUUACUCUUCUCAUUUCACUUGUGAACCAGGAAAAGAAGAUGAAUGGUUAAAUCAACCUCUUGACGAUUUAUUCUUAAAAUUUAAGUUUAUAAAUGAUUGUGACAAACAGCUUGACCAUGAAGUUCCUAGUCCCGAUUUACAUCUAAUGAAAACCGUAGGAGAUGUAGUUGAAUUUUACAAAACACCAAUCAGAGGAUUAACAACAUACGAUGAUCUCUCUAGACGUCAAAAUGAAUUACCAGCUAAUUUACAUAUUAUCAACCAAUAUAUUCGAUUUGAUCCUGAAAACGACACUUUCUUCAAAGGUAAAGAUGCUUUUCCAAAACAUCCAAUGGUAGUUGAAGGUAUUCGAGGCAGAGAAAAAUAUCAGGAUAUCAAAAUACCUUUUGAAUGGCCCGAUGUCUAAAACAAUCAAGAAAACAAUUUACCAAACACCAGCAUCUAUCAGUAGUACAUAUUUGUAUCUUUAUCAAGUUGAUUAGUUUGAGCUCUUAAUUGGCUCAGUCUAAUCAAUAAACUAUUGAAAUGUAA